UCAUCUUGAGAUCCUUCCUGAUAAAGAAACAGUUUUGAUUAAGAAAGGGGAUAUCCUGGAUUGCACCGUGUUCCAACCUACAGUUUAAAGUAGCUGUCUAUUGCUGUGCAUUUAUGUUAUUGGGAGCUACCAACAUAGUCUUGGAUUACACUGUUGGUGCAUAUGAUGGAUAACUCCGGAUUUGAACUCCAGGAAGAAAGAGUACCAGGUUCCUCGGCCAAAACAGAGAGGGCAAAAGAAGAACACCCUAAGAGCCACUGGUCCAUGUUCAAUAUUUUUCUGCUUUGCCUCUUGGCCUGUACUAUCACCACUGUGGUGGGAGUGCUGAUUGUGUCCCUGGUUUGUGUCAGCAACACGGGCUUUAAAGCAGAACCAAGAUCUAAAACAAAUGCAGCAAAUGGUGGAACUGUUGGCCAGGGAACUCCAAGAACAUCUCCAUACCAAACUCAGGUGGACCCGAAAUUCCAGUUUCUCCACCAUCUCACCAAGUCUAAGAAACAUGAAUUCCCAGGUGGUACUAUUCAGUGGUCUAGAUUUCGGAAAAAUGCCAAAGAAUACCUGAAUCAGGAAGAGAUGGCAUUUGGAAGAAGCAUCAAUGCUCAGCGCUCCCAGAUGACCUUUGGAACAUUACGGAUCAAGAGCCAAGGCCUGCGGGCUCCACACUGGCAUUUCAAUGCCAACGAGCAGGGCUAUCUCUUAAAGGGCACUGCUUGGAUAGGUGUGGUUGAUGCUGGUGGAAGUAUCGUUACCACAUACAAUGUCACUGCCGGACAGAUAAUCUUUUUUCCCCGCAACACACUGCACUGGCUUAAGAAUGUUGGAACAGAAGAGUGUUUGUUCUUACUGUUUUUUACAACACAUGAUGAGCUACAAACUCUGGAUAUGGAUGAUACAUUUUUCUUAACGCCGGAAGACAUAGCAGCAAGGUCAUUAAAGCCUCAAGGUGGAGUGGAUUUCAUCAGGACGUUCCAGAAACAAGCAGAAGACCAGGCUAUCAACCUUCCACCCAACUUAGCAGAGCUUGUACAGAGCCCUCACUAUAACCAGUCCACAGACAAUCUGGUGUGGAGGUACUUUUUUGACCUCAAAGGGUCAACCGAGUUUCGUUUUCCUGGGGGAAUUAUUCAGUGGGCUCGAUAUGUGAAAGAUGGAAAAGGCUUGAAACCCAAUGAAAAAAUUUACAGCGAGUUUCUCCAUUCAAAGGAAGAUACGCUUACGUUGGGAACGCUCCGGAUCUAUAGCACUGGUCUUCGCCAGCCUCAUUUUCAUUUCAAUGCCAAUGAGAUGGGAUAUGUCAUCAGUGGAUGCGGAAAGGUAGGUGUUAUUGUUUCACCUUCGCUCAGUACUGACUUCACCAUUGGUGUUGGAGAUGUUGUAUUUUUCCCUGUUGGCAUGCAACACUACAUCAAGAGCACGUGUGAUGAGGACUUGCUCUUCAUUUUGGCAUUCAGCACAGGAAAUCAGCUACAAACUCUUGAUAUGGAUGACUAUUUUCAUGCCACAGCAGACCAUAUACUGGCUCAACUUUUCUUCAAAAAACAAGAUGAGUUUAAGAAAAUCCCAAGGUUUAAUGAGGAUCAGGCAAUUAAUCUACCAUAGCAACUUGUAAUAACAACAACUACAAAGACAUCUCCAUGAAUUUCCCGAUUAUUAAUAAACAUAAUAAUUUGCGCUAGAGCAGAGUAAAAAUGCAGUAA